CUCCUCAGUCUCAUCGACACCAUGAAGAUUCUUCUUAUGUGCGUCUUAGCAAUCGCAGUCGCUGCAGAUGAAUUGAAAAACAACACUCAGACUAAGAAGAAGGCACAGAAACGAGGAAGCUUUGGUAUAGGAUAUGGUGGCGGCUCCGGACACGGAGGAAUCAGUUUCGGCUCCCAGGCAGGCGGCAUCGGACACGGAGAAACUCUUCAUUUUACAGGCUACGACCACGGGGGUAUCGGAAUAAAUUUGGCCAACAUAGCUCACGGAAACAAGGACCUCAGUUCCCGUGGGUAUGGUCAGGGAGGAAUUCUUCUGAUCACAACAAGAAACCCAGCAUUUGGAUUUGGCAGUCACGGAGGCAGCGGGCGGUUUGAUAGCGGUGGAGUCGUUCCAUUCUCGCACGGAAUUUCCACAGCAGGGCACGGUGGCCUUGGAGUGUUUUCGACAGGAUAUGGGAUCUCAUCGAGAGGCGGUGGGGGUUACGGUGGCGCCAGUCUCGCGGAAGGUGCUGUGGGCCAAGUACUAUUGAACACGGUAACACAACAAGUUGCAGUCCCCGUCCCUCAGCCCGUACCGGUGACCGUCAACCGACCCGUCCCUGUGCCCGUCCCCGCCCCAUACGCAAUCACUGUCCCUCGCCCUGUCCCUGUCAACGUGCCUCAGCCAAUUCCUGUGACUAUUUUGAGGCCUUAUCCUGUCACAGUAACUCGCCCUGUAGCUUUUCCGGUGGCUCAGCCGGUCCCUGUCCCUGUUGCUCAACCAUACGCUGUAUCCGUCCCUCACGCUGUUCCCGUGCAAGUGUCUCAACCUGUACGUGUCCUCGUGCCUCAAACCAUCGCUGUUGAGGUCCCACAAUCCGUUGUCGCCUCAUCCGGUAACGCGGGAGGAUAUGGAAGAGGAGGCGGCGUCUCCGGAGGUGUGGCAGACUCCGGUUAUCACUCUGGAUCUGGCGGCGCGAGUGCAGGACAUUCUUCAGACUCAGGCAUUGGAAACAUCGGAAAUACCAUCAGCAGUGUCCAUGGCUCACAUGCGUCUGGAAACUUACACUUCACCGAUGUUAGCUCGGGAUCUUUUGGCACAAACACAGGUCAUGUUUCUAAGGAUGGCGGAAGUGGCACACGACUUGGUUAUCGGUUUCGGGCCGGAAGUGCAGCAGUCGGACAUUCUUCUGGAACUUCCGGAAGCAUUAUAGGCCAUGGUUCUGGAUAUGGUGCCGGAAAUGUAGGACUCGGGCAUUCUUCUGGAACUUCCGGAAGCAGCAUAGGUCAUGGUUCUGGGUUUGAUGCUGGAACCAUAGUUCUCGAACGUUCUGAAACUACUGGAAGCGGUACAGGACAUGGUUCUGGAUAUGGUGCCGGAAAUGUAGGACUCGGGCAUUCUUCUGGAGGAAGUCAAAGCAGCAGAGGACAUGAAUCUAGUUACAUAUCAAGCUCCGGAAACUCCGGACCAAGACACACAUCUGAGUUUGAUUCUGGACCUAGUAGUCACGGCCUAGAACAUCAGUCCGGAUACGCACGAUCAAGGAUUCUCGUCGGAAGUGUGCGGAGAGCCGCCACCCACGAAUGCUUCGAGUUUUAUUCUGAGAUUUUGGUCAGAUGUAUUGGCCAGUAUUUGGGCAUGCGAGUGGGAUGUGGAGAGGAAUAA